AUGUCCGACCUCCCCCGCCUCAUCCACGAGUCGAGAUCCCACUCUUCGUCUUCGGAGCGAGACUUCUCAUCGUCCUGUCCGUUCUGCGCCAUCGGGAGCACCUACGCCACGACAUCCCCCUUGUCCUCGUCGGAAACCAUGGCCAAGGCCCUCGACCCGGAACAGCUCGACCCGCCGUCCUUCGUGCUCUACUCGAGCGAGCACGUCAUUGCCUUUUUGGACAUCAUGCCCUUGACGAAGGGACAUGUGUUGGUAGCCCCGCGGAAACACCGUGUCAAAGUCGGUGAUUUGAGUCCCAGCGAGGGCGCCGAGAUUGGGAGAGUCCUGCCUUUACUCGCGCGAUCUGUCAUCAAGGCUGUUCUCCCAGACAUCCCGCACGAGCAGGCCGACUAUAACGUCGUGCAGAACAACGGCCCCGGCGCCGCUCAAGUGGUGCCCCACGUGCAUUUCCACAUUGUCCCCCGGCCCCCUUUGAACUACACCUACCCCCAAGCUCGCACCCCAACAUCGUCAUCCUCAAACAAAUAUCCGCCCAACCGUCAGCCUUCAGGCCGUCAAGCUUCGGCCAUCUUGUUUGGGCGGGGGAUGCGUGAGGACCUCGACUACGACGACGCCGCGGUGUUGGUGGAGGACAUGAGGGCGGCGAUUAAGGAGGAGUGGACGAAGACCUUUGGGAGGGAAGAAGGACGGGCGAAUGCAGAGACAGUGAACGGGACGCGGAGUGCGGGCGGCGUCCCGGGCGGUGCUGGAGCAAUGGAGAACGCAGGCGGAAACGGCAGACGUCUGCCUUGGAAGGUCUAA